UGACGGUGGUAACUCCCAGCUCAAGCAAAGUGAGCCGCUCUGCUCCUGCAUCCCACAGGCAGCAAUGUGGGGUGAAGGACGCGGGCAGACCACGUUCCUUGUGCCGUUCACAGCGCUUUAUCCGUAACACCGGGGCCUUCCUCGUGGCUGCCCAGAAGCUGCCACGGCAGCCAGGAGCGCGUCUCCACCACGGCCGGGGGCUGCCCUGCUGGGGCUCACACCGACACAGCCGUCACACGGUUGUGGGAACGUCCGAUUUCUGGCCCAGCACACAGCUCGGCGCCCCGCUCCGCUGGAAGCCCCAUCACUCCGCAGCUGGGGGCGCUGCGGCCGGUGGCCCCGCGGCACAGGGCGGAGCGGAGCCGGGCGAUGCGGGCGGCGCUGCGCCGUGUCCCCGCCCCGCGGCGCUCUCUCCGCACACGCCCGCCCUGCGCCGCCGCCUCGAGCCGCGCCGCGCCGCGCCGAGCCCAGGCAGCAGCCGGUCCCGCUCCGCCGCCAUCGCCAUGAGCUUCUUGUUUGGCAGUCGCUCUUCCAAAACCUUCAAACCAAAGAAGAACAUUCCAGAGGGAUCUCACCAGUAUGAGCUGCUUAAACAUGCCGAGGCCACGCUUGGAAGUGGUAACCUCAGGAUGGCUGUUAUGCUUCCAGAGGGUGAAGACUUAAAUGAAUGGGUUGCAGUUAACACUGUUGACUUCUUCAACCAGAUCAAUAUGCUUUAUGGAACCAUUACGGACUUCUGCACAGAGGAGAGUUGCCCGGUGAUGUCUGCUGGCCCAAAGUACGAGUACCAUUGGGCAGACGGGACAAACAUAAAGAAACCAAUUAAGUGCUCUGCGCCAAAGUACAUUGAUUACCUGAUGACUUGGGUCCAGGAUCAGCUGGAUGAUGAAACACUAUUUCCUUCUAAAAUAGGUGUUCCGUUCCCAAAGAAUUUCAUGUCAGUGGCAAAGACGAUUUUAAAGCGCCUUUUCCGAGUUUAUGCUCACAUUUAUCACCAGCACUUCGCCGUCAUGAGGCUGCAGGAGGAGGCGCAUCUCAACACGUCCUUCAAGCACUUUAUAUUUUUUGUUCAGGAAUUCAACCUUAUUGACAGAAGAGAGCUCGCACCGCUUCAAGAACUGAUUGAAAAACUCACCUCAAAGGACAGAUAAAAGGAAGAGGAUUUUUUAAGUCACUUGUUUCUUUAAGCAAGCGUGUGGUAUAUGGUUUUUUUUUUGUUGAUGUUCAUUUGUUUUUUAAAAACAAAAGAAAAAACUGCGCUGUUAUUCCUAACAGCCAAGAUCUGCUCUCUGUGCUUUUAUUAGGGGAAAUCUUUUGUCUGAUAGUGACAUGCAGUAAAUAGCUUUUUUUUUUUUUUAAUUUUAUUUUUUAUUUUGGAUAGUUAUUCAUUGUGGAAUUUUAGCAGGUGCUGAGUGUUUGUAAAGGAAACAUGCUUGGUUGGGGGUUUGACUCUGCUGGUGGAUGGGUUCUGUAUUGUGUCAAUGGUAGCCCAUUCUAAUGAAGUCCCUGAAAGACUUCCUUACAUUCUCUAAGUGCCUUGGCAGACUCACUUCUGAGGUGCAAAGCACAUACAGUACUGAACAUUGCUGGAAACAGAAAAUAUGAACUAACACCCAGGAUACUUACUGAUACUUGCUUUAGGAAAAAAAAUUAUAUAUAUACAUAUAUAUAUAUAAAUACAGUAAAAAAAAAAAGCCAUAACUUACUUAAAUCGAUGAUCUCCAGCUUUUAAUACAAAUAUUUGUCUUAUUUUUUUAGAGAGAUUAAUAUAGAUUUUUUUCAAAACUAGAUAUUUCUUAUAACAGAAAGUGACGAUGAAGCUCUAGUCACCAAAUCAGAAUGAAGAAGGUGGUGUCAAAGUUAGAGAACCUGUGAUUAGUGAGUAGUUAAUGUCUGUUGCACUGGUUUUUGCUUUUCAUAGUUGCUCUUGUUUUUUGAACAGGCGAAUAAAACAGCACCUCAAGUCAGGCACUUCUGUUCAAUUUCCAAGCAUUUGCCAAAUGAACUGUCAGUUUGCACAGCUACAGUUAGAGAAGAUGGUUACUAUCAAAAGUACACUGGAGUAGUACUAAGAAAACUCUGCCCUGAAAAAUAGCUUAUGAGAUGAUGUUCCUGAGUUAGAAAGGAAAAGCCCAGCUCUGUGAAGGAACUCUGAUGAUCGGUGUUUUCCACGGUAGGGAAUGCAUCUUGAAGGGAAGAUAAUUUUGUGGACCAUUUAGGGUUAAUGAUAGCACAGUGGAGUUCUUCCCCAUUUAAAAUUGUUACCCAUCUCCAAAGAAUUACAGAAUUCUGGAAGAGUAAUUGGAACCACUGGUUUAUGAUUUGGCAAGUGCAUCUUUUGUUUCUGAGAAAACAUAACCAAAAUGUCUCCUUCUCUCACCGUAUUAGUCUCUCUGCCUUUCUGUCCUUCUGUUGUCUCAGACCAGACUCAAGAAUGGCUUGUGACAAGUUGGUUUCUGGGAUGAUCCACAGACAGUGGCUUUGAAAUCUUUGCUGCAACCACAUCAGAGUCUGGUUUCCCAUUGUCCAAAUGACUCUUGUUCAUUUAAGGACCUUGUCAAAACUGUGGUAUUUGGGAUACAAAGAAAUCUGCAUUAGGUUCUGCAGUAUGCUAUUCUAUGGUAUCACUAGUUGCCAAAUAUAAUGCUUGAUGAUUAACACUGCCAAGCUUUGGUAGAUUGUGACUGCUACAACACCAUAAUAAUGUGAUCGCAUCAAUUUGAGCUGUGUAUAUGACCCGAGUAACUCUUAAAACUAAAGCAUUUACAGGUGAGGCCAAGGUUGGCGUAUGGCAGAGAAGUUGUGCAUAUGCUUUGGGUACCUCUGCUAGACUGAAAACACCAGCCUGCAAAAUAUAUAAGUGGCCAUUAAUAUAGCCAGAUAAGAAAUAUUUAAGCACAAUAACAAAUAUAUGUUCAUUUUAGUGAUUAGAAUCAUUACUUUUAAGUUAAAAUAAUAUAUUUCAGAAUCAUCUGUAACUUAUUUUAAGAACAAUGUUCUUCUUCAAUGGAGUUGAAUUUCCUAGUCAGGAAAUGAGUUAAAACUUCUGUUACUUCUGUCUGUCUCUUUUUUUUUUCUCUCACCAGGCUUAAGAAGAGCUAAGAAGAUGUAGUAUUGAACUAGAAAAAUGGCCUGGUGCGCUCAUUUCACAGCUUUUCAUUUAGAAAUGGAAACAAGUUGUCUUCUUAAGGAGUGGUAAAGGGUAGUCAUGCAGUAAUGUUCCUAGUGAGUUUAGGUUUGGUUACAGUGUUAGAUACAGUAACUGCUUGCAAAAUAGCUGCAGUUUAGCGUAUGUAACUCAGAUAGUCCUUGGCUUCAUUAGAAGCUUCGUGAAAGUUCAAAAAACACAGAAUGUGUUUGGGCUCCUGCUCUGCAAGACAAGGUCAUUGUCCAGUAGAAAUUGCUUAUAACUUAAGGCCGUGAGAAAAUUGUAUUUACUGUGUUUCAGUUUCUUUUGUCAUGCAGAAUGAGGACAUCUUCCAAACUGUGUGACUAUCAAAGGAAAGUGCGUGAUAUUAAUGCUGAGAGUUGGGAUUAGGUCACAGCCCACAGUGGGAGGAUGAGGCGGGUCAGGCUGAUGAUGCACAGAGAGUUUUCCCUCAACUGUUUUGACAAAUUCCAAGUUUGAAAAGAAUGAGGUCUUACCCCUGCUCAGCCAGUGACUGUUUUGACUCUCCCAUGUGUACAUGGGAGAUAGAGAGGUGCCUAAUAUCUGAUAACUCUUCAGCAAGUUGGGGGAUAGAACAAGUUCUGCAGGGUACGAGACAGCUGAAGGUGAAACCAAACAGAGGUACAAACAUUAUUUCCUUUUACUUGGGCAAGCCACUCACAGCUGCAGUAUUCAUCCCAAUGCUUUUGUCAGAUUUGCUGUUCAUAGGGCAUAGCUGGUUGGGUAAACAGACCUAUGAAAUUUUGUUGGCCUGUGGAAGGCUCAGUCAGUGGUCUCACAUCUAAAUGCUGCUGCCAGGAGAUGAAUAACGUGCUGCUAAGAAAGAAGGAGCUCCCAUGAGCAAGAAAUCUCCCAUGUGUUGGAAAGUUGCAGGAAGAGUCCUUUGCCCAUGUGUUGGUUUUUUUUGAGGGGGCUGUGUAGCAGCUGUGAAUGCAAUACUUGUAGGGACGGUGUGCAUCAUCUGUGACAUCUUUCCAGCUGCAGACUUGUUUUUAACUGAGUGGGGUACUGAAAUCUGAUGGGAAUGUGACCGUAUGCCUCAUUGGGCAGCUGUAGCUGGCUCUGGGUGCAGGACUGGAGGGCUCCGUUAGCUCAGGACUCAAUAACACAAAAGACUAUAACAUCAUUGCGGUUAUGGAGGUGGAGAGCAUCCUCCUGACUAUGUAAAAGCAGCUUAGCUCCUGAAUUUGAAGUGUGCUUUUUUUAAAAGGACUUCAGUCAUGCAGGAAGCUGAAUUCAGAACAUCUUGCACACACAGCCUUUUAUGCAUACUUCUAUCUGAGAAGUGUUUAAUGACUGAAACUUUCAAGCUUGAGAGGGAGAUCGGCAUCCAGCCACAGAGGCGUGAAGAGUGCUGCAGAUGCAGUUUGAUAUUAAGGGUUUGAUAAAAUUACCGGUGAAAACUGCUUUGCUGAGUUGAUUCAGUGCUGCUCAAUAGGCUGUGUGUACAUUCUCUGUGCUGAUAAUGCUUCCUGGAGCCUUUCAGCCAGCGCCACAGCCCUUGUUAUCACACUGCAGCGAGACCGGAGAAUGGCACAAGUCUGCACCGAGGUGCUAAACAGGAGAUAUUCUCCAUCAGAUUUGAAGCUGUUUUACCAGAUUCUGUGUCGAGAGAAGAACACUCAGGAGUGAGGAUUUGCUAUGAUUGAUGCCACUGCAGUUGCUCACCUCAUUUUUCACUUUGGAGCAUUUUUUUCCCUUCUUUUUCCUAAAGCUCACAGUUGUAUAAAUUCAGAAGCUUCUGCUGCAGUUCACUGAAUCAGAAUUGGAAUAUAUUACAAAGAGAGUUAGUCUUAAAGGGAUGGUGUAUCUUUCUGAAUUUAAUACCCGGCAGUAAAAGCACUUUUACAGAACAGUUUCUAGGCAUGUAAUAAAAGCUUGGAGAUCUUGAUUUGUCUGACAGCAGUAUGAACACAUUGUUUAAUUAUACAACACUUGAAAGUAACAACAUUAACGCUAUGUGUGCAGUAUUUGGGAUUCAGCAUCCCUGUGCUGUUUGUAUUUGCAGCUUUUAUUUUUAUUCUUUGCUUCAAAAAGAUGUGGGACCAGAAAUCCAUGUGUGUUUACACUUUUGAAGUAAGGGCACAUCCAAAUGCUACGCAAAAGUCAUGUUUUACGAGCCGAAUCCGGAUAGAUUGAAUGUGUAUAUAAAAUAGUGCAUUGUUUGGGGGGAGGACGCCUCUCACUCCCAAAUAAAACCCCGAGAAAUGAACCCUGAAGAAAAACCUGCUGCUUUAGGCCCAUGUUACAGAUGGACUCUGUUACGUGUCACGAGCGCUUUGAAACAAAACCUCUCUGCUUCAUUGUCACUGGGAGCAGAAGGGCUGAUGGGCUGCCAGUGCUUGCUGAGGCCUUCCAGUCAGUAACGUCCUUAACUCUGCUGCUUGGGGUGUUUGUCAGCUACCAGCAUGUGGAGCAUGUCAGUGAUUCCGGUGGUAACUUCAGGAGGACAUCUACCUCUAGACGGGAUGGGGCAGACUGGGAAGUUGAUGACAUUUGGUCACCGUUGCCAGUGUUGAUACCGUUGAGAUGGUGUUGGGUUUGUUGUGCUUGUGGUUUUUUACCUUCAAGUCAGGGAUACAAGCUGAUUUUAACUGCAAUUAAAAACAUGCCGCGUUUUGCUGUUGCAGGUAGCUGAGAGGAGAAAACAGGUUUCAAAGGGCUGACAGCCCAUCUGCAAGUACUGAGUUUCUUUAACUGCUUACUAUGCAAUGUGGAGCCUUGAACUUUAGCUUUUACUUCCAGUUAGAAAGGAGCGCUGUCCUCACUCAGUAUUUAGGGCUGAGCGCUCCCAUCUCCCUGAUGCUCCUUUAACAGGUAAAGGAUACCUAUUUGCUGCUAUGGACUUUACGUACCUUUCCCAUUGUUCAUUUCUGUUUCUCGCCUCCCCCUCCUCUUGAACCAUGUGACACAGUUUUAUUCUGAACACGUCCUUUUUUGGGUAGCAAUUCUUUUUCUUACCAGCCUCUCUCCCCUUCCUGCCUGCCACAGUGCUCUAUGGCUGUAUGUAACCCCCCCUUUUAGUUGGGCUAGUUAAAAGGUGCAGUGUGAAUAAAGGCUCCUCACUUUCACUGAGAAUCACUUUACUCUGAAUCUUGUUUCCUUCAUUUCCAUUUGAUUUUGUUUCCUUUCCAAACUAAAGCCGCUAGCAGUUUGAUGAGCUCCUGCCCUCUUUUCCUGGAUGCCCUGCCUUGCAAUACGGGACUAACAUUGGUCUUUUCCAAGUGCUGAACCUUUGCACUGUGUCCUGCUUUUCUUUCCUCUUCCAUGUAACCAGGUUAAGAUCGCAGUCUGGAUGAACAUCGGAUUGCUUUUGCUUUAGAAACAGAUUCCCCGAUUAGAGUAUGUUAUUUUUAGGGGACAUUAACUUUGAUAGGCACUAAACGAAGCUCGUUAUUUUUGUAAGCCGUCCCUGCAGCUGAGGUAACGCGGCUCCCGGCUGCGCUGCGGGACGGCCCCGCCUCAGCGUCCCUCACAGCGGGGGGGAGUGCGGGGAGUUGAGGUUUGGACAGAGGGCCAUUUCUAAAGGAGAAAAGUGAUACAGGACGGAAGCGACACUAACAGCCUCCUGCUUUUAGAGUCUGUCAGCGUCCGGGAGAAAAAACAGUGCAAAAUGGGGACUGUGAGAGCAGAGCCCUUACUGUACGUGCCAAUGCCGUUCUGCUCCCAGGCGCCGCUCGGUAUUUCGGUCGUGAGAACGGCUUUUGAUUUAUAAUAACAACAAAACUGAAUGUCCUGAAAAUCCGCACCGUGUUGGAGAGUUGUAAAUAAUGUAUACAGAUUGUACGUGACGGGACGGAAUAUUUAAAUCCUAGUUUUUUUUUCAACGAGAAGCUGAAGGCUGUUUAUAAGAGACAAUAAAUAGCUAUGUUUCACCACCA